UAUCGGAAUUUGGGCUCCUCUCGGUUACUCUGUGAAGGCAGCAUCUCUGUCGCCGCGCCGUUGGCCGACGGGCCUGCCACUCAACCGAGCGGCCCGCCCAGCGGCAACGAGAGCGGCAUGGCAACGGCCAGGGGACCGGGGGAGAGGGCGCGAUGAGGUGCGAGGGGAACCGGACCAGAGACAGGGACAGAGAGCAGAGGCACUAUUUCACCCCUCACUGACUGGAAGGACGCGCCGUGUGGUACUCAGACACUCAGUCCUCUCUCUCUCUCUCUCUCUCUCUCUCUCUCUCUCUCACACACACACACACACACACGCGCUGAUGACACGAUGCCCCGCGCUGUCGCCGCCGCCGCCGCCGCCGACCAGGUGUUGCACCAGAGGACAACCGGGACGUCGUUGACGUGACAGGAGACCAACUUGUGCGUAUGCGCCGCCGUGUGCGCGCCCUUCUGCCUGGUCCCGCGCGCAGACGACCGAGAAGAUGCUGAGCCGACUGAUGAGCAGCAGCAUCAGGAGUCUGGACCGGGAGUGCGACUGCACAGUGCGGCUGCUGGACGACUCGGAGUACACCUGCACGAUCCAGCGGGAUGCCAAGGGACAGUACCUGUUUGACCUCCUUUGCCAUCAUCUCAACCUGCUCGAGAAAGAUUAUUUUGGCAUUCGAUAUGUUGACCCAGACAAGCAGAGGCACUGGUUGGAGUUUCCAAAGUCAAUUGCCAAACAAAUGAAGUCCCAGCCGCCAUUCACUAUGUGUUUGCGUGUCAAGUUUUACCCACCUAACCCUGCUGCCCUGAGAGAGGAAAUCACCAGAUAUCUCGUCUUCCUGCAGGUUAAGAGGGAUCUCUACCAUGGUCGCCUCCUGUGCAAGACGUCAGAUGCUGCUCUGUUGGCUGCCUACAUAUUACAAGCUGAAAUUGGUGACUACGAUCCCGGGAAACACCCGGAGGGCUACAGCUCCAAGUUUCAGUUCUUCCCUAAGCAUUCCGAGAGGCUGGAGCGGCGGAUUGCUGAGAUCCACAAGACUGAGCUGAUAGGUCAGACUCCCGAAACGUCAGAGCUCAACUUCCUCCAGAAGGCUCAGAUGCUGGAGACAUAUGGAGUGGACCCUCAUCCAUGCAAGGAUGUGUCUGGCAACCCCGCUUUCCUGGCUUUCACUCCCUUUGGAUUCACUGUGCUGCAAGGAAACAGGAGGGUCCAUUUCCUCAAAUGGGAGGAGGUGACCAAACUCAAGUUUGAAGCAAAGACAUUCCAUGUAUAUGCAAAUCAGAAGGAGGAUAAGAAGAUCAUACUGACUUACUUUGCACCUACACCUGAGGCCUGUAAGCAUUUGUGGAAGUGUGGAGUGGAGAAUCAGGCCUUCUUCAAGCUGGAAAAGUCGAGUCAAGUCCGCACUGUGUCCAGUAGUAAUCUCUUCUUCAAGGGUAGUCGCUUUAGAUACAGUGGAAAGGUUGCAAAGGAAGUAAUGGAACAAAGUGCUAAAAUUAAAAGAGACCCACCUGAGAUCCACAGGGCUGGCAUGGUGCCCAGUAGGAGCUGUCCAUCCAUCACCCAUGGGCCCCGUUUGACCAGUGUGCCCAGGACCCGACGUAGAGCUGUGCACAUCUCCAUCAUGGAAGGUCUCGAGUCCCUUCGAGACAGCGCCCACUCCACACCCGUGCGCUCCGUCUCCCAUGGCGACUGCUUCAUGCCCUCCCGGGGCCAGAUGGCGUACCGCAGAGAGGCAAGCACAUCGGCAGUCAUCUCCGACGAGGCCUACAGCCCCUCUGACAGCGUGCUGCCUACACCCGUGGCCGAACAUGGCGCCGAGAUGCCGUUGGCUCGUCACCUCAACGGAUCUCCCUGCAGCGUCGAUGAGGAGCCGGGGUCAGAGGCGGGGACAUCGAAGGAAGGGCAUGCGGCAGAGUUCGGGCCUGGCAGGAGAGCGCUGCGCAUGGUUAGGAGCAAGCCGUCGCCACCGAGCGACGUGGAGGAGCUGAACAAAUUCGUCCUGAGUGUGUUGCGUCUGUUUCUGGUCACCAUCGGACUGCUGUUCGCCCUGCUGCUGCUCCUCAUCAUGCUGACAGAGUCGGACCUGGACAUUGCCUUCCUGAGAGACAUCCGCAAGACCCCCGAAUUCCAGCAGUUCCACUUUGAAUACUUCUGCCCUCUGCGGCGCUGGUUCGCCUGUAAGUUACGUUGGAUGGGUGGUUUCCUAGUCAGCAAGUGAGGCGAGCGCAAAGAUGCAGAGACUGAAUGACACAACACAGGCCUCCACUGAUGGAGAUGGGGCACGUACAACCGGAGAGAGGGUGAGGGGAGGGAAAAGGCAAAAGGUGGCCGCCCUGUUCCCAACUUGUUCCUGUCCCAUGAGCCUCGGACUUUUCCCCUGAACAGCCUUGUUUGACCAUCACUGCGAGGAGAGAAACUCACUUUCUUUUUUUUGGGGGGGGGGGGGGGGGGGGGGAUAUUAUAAUCAUCAUCAUUUGUACACAAAGUCACAGCAACAGAGUUUGAUUCAAACACUGAAAGGGACGAGCAAGUCUGACAGACUUCACUCAUUCAACCACCGAUAACAGUUGCCUUUAUUUUUGUAUAAUUUGUGUUGUAACAUUAUUGCUGAGACAGAAUAGCUUGAUGUGUUGGGGCGUGCGCUGUGUCGACAUAAGGUGACGGGACGAGCCUUCUCUCGGCAUUAAUGUUGUUAUGGCCACUGAUAAUUGCUGUUUGGAGUAGUAGCAUUAUCUGGUGUGUGUGUGUGUGUGUGUGUGUGUGUGUGUGUGUGUGUGUGCAGCACUUACCGAAUGUAGAUCUGUCUGGAGAAAAAUAGUAUUUGCAUAUACCAUAUUUUGUUCUAUAUCAUUUUCCGGCAGAUAUGUGGAAUUAGAUCAAAGAGAUUUUAGCACACUUUAAAGUAACUGACAAUUUCCCACAACUUUCCCUGAUUUCUUCUGAUUUGGGUCACAACCGCACAUCUGGCAUGAGACAUUUUAAAAGAGUCUUCGGACAAUUAGUUGCAGUAGCCGUUCGACCCACGAGUAAUGUCAGCGCUGCCCUGUUAUAAGCCUUGAGUAAACUUUUGUAAUAAGCGACAUCUGUUAAGUGUGUUCACGUUGCCAUUUUGUUUUUUUUAAAGCACCAAUAUGGUUUCAUUGUCCUGCGACUAUAAAAUAAGCUUUUUGUAAGUGUAUAAGUAAGUAAUUGAGGUGGUAGGUUUACUGAUUUUAUUGAAUAGCAGCCAAAUAAUGCCAAUAACUACAAUCAACGUGUGUGUAAGGAACAGUUGCCACUUUGCUGUAGUCACUUUUACAGUAGUUGUAAAAGUGGUGGGACUAUGUGAGCUAGCACUGUAGUGAUAGUGAAGUGUUUGGUUAGCUCUUUGACUCUGUAGAAGGAGUUUAUCUUGAUGUGCAAUACUGUCGAUAUAAAAUCCUUUCCAUGAUGGUAGAUUCGGCCUUGUUUAACCUUCGUAAAGUGCACACAUAAGUGCUUUUUUCCCACAGUAUAGAGUUAAGAGUUUAAAUACAUUUUUUUUUAAUUCAAGUUCCAUUUGUGUUCAUUCCCGCUGUGUUUAUAUCUAUAAUCAUCUGUAAAGUCAGAAUAUGUUUAUGUCAUGUUUCCAUUUUUGUACAAACUGGUGUCAGGCUAACAAAUGGAGAUUUCCCCACAGUGCUCUACGGACUUCCAAGAGUUAUUUUUACAGUGGAUGUUUGGUUUUCAGCCCUGCGCUCGCUUACAAGAGAGCUUACGAUAAGUCAUGUUUACGUCCCACUUCGAUCUUCAUCGUCGCACCUACCAAAGAAACGUCCUGUCUGAUAUUUGUCAGGUUGCGUCGACAGGUGGAAACUCUGAGAGUCUGCUCUCCUUCUCCAGCCUUAUUACAUUGUUCCACAGGUUUCGCCCACAGCCCAGAGCGAUCAACGGCAUAUUUUCUCACCAUAGUCAGUUUCUUAACUCUAAACAAACCUCCGGGUGAUUCAUUAGGAUUUUUAGCAUGAGGGUACAUAUGCUGUGUGCCAGUAAUAAUUGAUGUUGAGGUUGAUGAUCAGCAGGUGUACAACAUUACACCGAAAAAAAAUAUGGAUGGACUAUUCAAGAAGACGACAGACAUGGAUCGGCUGCCGGGGUUCAGGAUGUCCAGGGGCAGUUUGGAAUCCUACAGUGUUCAAAUUCAAACCCUGUCCAAAAACUUCAAAGAGCUGAAAGUUAGUAUGAAAACAGUAUUGUGGCAGCAUACCUGUAGUAUUAUAAAAACUUAUUUUGGUACAUUAAUGAAAUGUUCAAAUUCAGCAAUGGUGAAAAGACCAGAAGUAAAAAUAAUUCUUAGUUCUUUUUUUUCCCAGUGCAGAGUUGGAUGAGAUUAAAGAAAGAUUGACUAAUAUAUUUAUAUUCAUUAGAAUAAUAAUAAUAUUUUGCUGUUGGUUGUGAGACUUACUGAUAUAUUCGCUUUAAUUCAGAUGGUGCUUGGAUGGUUUUUGAUGUGUUUGGUGAAAGGUGCCAGAUGAGGCGGUUAUUUAUUUUUACCUCCAAUAAUUUAUAUUUUUUAAAUCUCAUUUUAUGUCGGUGUGUAUUAAAAACAAUUCAACAUAAUUUGAGCAAUAAAUAUAAUAGAUUAUGUGACGAAUAUUAAUGACAAUGAAUUGCAAACCUCGGACGGUCAAACAGCCUGUAGAUGCAUGUGUGAAGGGAACAGUGCCCCCUGCUCCUCAUUGGCCACCGUCGUGGGUGACGCUGGAUGAUUUGUCCAAAGUGUCUUUUGUCCACAAGAGAAAACAAGAGAAUUGUGUAAAUCCUGUGUUGUGGGUCCUAAUCCUAGACUGCUCUCUUUUGACUCAUUUUAUAAAGACGGAUGAGAUGAAUCCUGUGAGUGCAUAUAAAUGAACUGAAAGUAGACCCAUUGUCACUUGACUUAGCCACAGUGAAAUCGGAGCGGUUUGUAUGUUUUGCCAAUUUAAAAACAGCAUAAGUAGCAUACUAAACUACCUGAAUCUGUCUUUGUGCAAUGCAGUUCUGUGUAUGGAUUUUUGUGUGUUGCUAAAAUCUGUUUCCGAUCACCUGAACCACACAAUGAUAAAAAAAGGGGGCUACAUCUCGAUUGGCACGAAACUUUUGUUGCUUAACAAAUGACUGAAUAACGUAAAGGUGGAAUAAUGGCUCCGAUGUGGUCGGACUGUAAAAUUGCUCCUUGUACCAUGUCCCCCGCACAUGGAAAUGUCUCUGUAAGCAUGUGUUCUGCGUUUAUUACCUCCAACAAGGCUGCUUAUUUCCCACCACUGACUGAAUACUGGUGUACUCGAUUUGUGAAUAAAUAUAAUCUAUUCUUGA